AUGGAAUACCAGCCCGUGCUCAUCAAACGGCAUGCCCGGCCUUCUGCAAAGCGCAACCCGGAAUCUCGUUACUGGCGACAAUUCAGGCAUCCAGUCUUCGUCAAGGAGUACGCGCCUGUAACUGCCGUACACUUCUCUCAAACGAAACCACAUCGCUACGCCGUCACUGCGGCAAGUCGUGUCCAGAUAUAUGCACCCAGAACACAAAAGGUCGUAAAGACGAUAUCGCGUUUCAAAGACGUCGCGCGCUCGGGAUGUAUACGACGUGACGGAAAGCUUGUCCUUGCCGGAGACGAUAGUGGUCUCAUUCAGAUAUUUGAUAUCAACUCCCGUGCGAUUCUACGUACAUUCGACGAACAUAAACAACCAGUACAUGUAACCAAAUUCUCUAUACCAAGCCUGAACCAGUUCCUGUCCUGUUCAGAUGAUACCACCGUCAAGCUUUGGGACGUCCCUUCGGAAGCUUCCGUGACCACAUUUACUGCACACACAGACUACGUGCGUGCGGGUCAAGUUGCACCUUCCAACGCAAAUCUCAUUCUCACUGGUGCAUACGAUGCAACUGUACGGCUAUUCGACGCACGCUCGGGACGCUGCGAAAUGACUAUGGGCGGACCUGAUAGCGAGUCCGGUGCGAAUGCUGCUCCUGUCGAGGAGGUACUUAUGUUCCCUUCCGGUACCGUCGCGCUCUCCGCUGCAGGUCCGAUCCUCCGAGCUUGGGACCUUGUGGCAGGCGGACGCUGCAUUCGCGCUCUCUCAAAUCACCAGAAGACAAUCACUUCGCUUGCAUUUGACUCUCGUGCCAGUCGAUUAUUGACUGGAGGUUUGGACCAUAUGGUAAAAGUAUACGACGUGAGCACGUACAAGGUCGUACAUACCAUGCGAUAUCCCGCUCCCAUUCUCUGCCUUGGUAUUUCCCCCGAUGAUACACACAUUGCCGCAGGUAUGUCAGACGGAACGCUUUCCGUCCGGCGACGACAACCCAAAGCCUCCGAAUCUACCUCAGAGCCCUUCUCCCUCUCCUCCCUUCGCUCAGGCGCUUUCGAGUCCUUCCUCGGUACCGAAGCCGUAACGAGAAUCGGGUUAGGCCGAUUCGGCGAAAAGGGCAAGGUAAAAGCCAAGCCCAUCGGCGACAUUAACGAAUUCAAAGUCGAGGCACGGAGGAAGCGCAAGUUGCGCGCUUACGAUCGCCUGCUGAAGAAUUUCAAAUACUCCGCGGCAUUGGAUGCUGUUCUCAUGAAGCAAGUACCCCCAACGACCGCGUUUUCGCUAAUCCAGGAACUCGUCCACCGCGAUGGACUGCGGAUAGCUCUCGCAGGGCGGGAUGACGUCCUUCUCGAACCAGUGCUCAAGCUGCUCGUCAAAUACAUAGCUGAUCCGCGCUUCGGGGACCUCGCGGGCAGUGUUGCAAGUGUUCUACUUGAUAUGUAUGCUCCGGUUCUCGGCCAGUCACCAUUAAUCGACGCUCUUUUCGUUCGGUUACGAAAGAAGGUGGAUGAGGAGUUACGUUUCCAACGAGAGAUAUUGAAAGUCAAGGGCGCGCUUGAUAUGAUAUUUGCUUCGUCCGCCCUUGUCACUUGAAUUCCUAAGUUAUCUUAGCCAUCUCUACUUUGUGAUGUUUUGCUUUCAGUCAAUUUCUUCUACUUCCAGUAAUCUCCCUCAUUGAUUCAUUUGGAUAUCCCGCAAUCUGCAUUUGUCUAUCAC